GACAGCAAGACGUGUCUCCAAUGCUGGAAAUGCGACGGGAAGCGUGCUAACGUCCAGCAUCUCUCCCAAAUCCCACUAUAACUCCUUUCCACUAAUUUCCCUCCACGUAGAGUCGCUAUACAAUCAUUUCUGCAUUGUUUUUUUGCUGUUAAAGGAGAUUUUUCAGUCUUGUCAAUUCGAAUUGGGUUGUUUCGAGCCGUUGAAGGUGAAGAGAAUGGACUGAGGUGCGGAGGCUAGCGUUAGCAGCUAGCCAUGGAGGAACAUAGAACUGAAGCGCGGAGGCUAGCGUUAGCAGCUAGCCAUGGAGGGAGAUAGAGAAACCUGCGACGAACUACUCCUUUUACGUUCAAAAUUGAUUAUUAGACGUUGGCAACUGGACCAAACGUGUUCUGACAUUGUGGUGUAAUAUUAUUUUACGAAGAAGUGCGCCACAGCUAAGCACACGCCCUUAAUAUGUCAGCUGUCGUGCAAGGUGCUAGAUUUUUAGUAGUAAUUCAUUUGACUUUUCAUAUCAGAGGUAUGAAAGACAGACUUGGACCAUGGAUUUUUAUUUUUGUGUGAGUUAAACAGGGUUAUAUACAACAUUUUGAAGGACCAUUUUAGUUUAAAUACAGUUCUAGUCUUUAGUUCUGAAGUAAUCUUAUGGUUGGACCAAGUUAGACCUGGUUUAAUCCCAACUCUUUAGCCAAGCUGUAGUUUUAACCUUUAUUUAAGUUCAAAGCCAUACAUAUUCCAUAAUUUCCACUCAAAUCACUUCCUUAAAAAUAUGUCUUCCUUAAUUUUGUGACUGAAAAUAGUUGUGUUUCAUAGCACACACCUGAAUGUAAUCCGGGUUGUGAAGUACUAUUUGCAUGGAAACGGUAGGAACAAUAACAGAGCAUUAGGUGAGCCAUGGGGGGGUCCAUAUCUUGCUGCAUUUCUCCGGGGGACAGUCCCAAGCUCCACCGCAGGGAGCUAGAGCUGGAAGAGUGCCCCAUCACCACUGCGGAGGACUUGAGUGAGGACACUGGGACGUACCUGCAGCACAUCAGUGACAGAGAGCUCCCAGACGAAUUGGCGCAAGAGGAGAAUCCGUCGGACCAUCCAAAAGCAAGCACCCUCUUCCUCAACAAAUCCCAAACAGAUGUACGGGAGAAGAGAAAAAGCAACUACCUUAACCAUAUGUCUCCAGGACUCCUGACAAAGAAGUACAGCUCCUGCUCUACAAUAUUCAUAGACGACAGCACAGUCAGCCAGCCCAACCUCAAGAGCACGAUCAAAUGCGUGGCAUUGGCCAUCUAUUAUCACAUCAAGAACAGAGAUUCGAACCGCUCUUUAGAUAUAUUCGAUGAGAAGAAACAUCCUUUAUCACGUGAGAAGGUUCCGGAUGACUACUCGGUAGUGGACCCUGAACAUAAGCUGAUCUAUCGCUUCAUCCGCACUCUGUUCAGCUCGGCACAACUCACCGCUGAGUGCGCCAUUGUUACUCUGGUUUACCUCGAAAGACUCCUGACAUACGCUGAGAUGGACAUUUGCCCGAGUAACUGGAAGCGUAUUGUUCUGGGUGCCAUUCUGCUGGCCUCCAAAGUGUGGGACGACCAGGCUGUGUGGAACGUGGAUUACUGCCAGAUUCUCAAAGACAUCACAGUGGAGGAUAUGAAUGAGAUGGAGCGCCACUUCCUUGAGCUGCUGCAAUUCAACAUCAAUGUCCCGGCCAGUGUUUAUGCCAAGUAUUACUUUGACCUGCGCUCAUUGGCAGAUGACAACAACCUCAGCUUCCCCCUGGAGCCACUGAGCAACAAGAGAGCACAGAAACUCGAGGCCAUUUCUAGAUUGUGUGAAGACAAGUACAAGGACUUGAAAAAAUCUGCCAUGAAGAGGUCUGUCAGCGCAGACAACUUGAUUGGCAUCAGGACCUCCCAGGCUGUGCUGUCUUGAACAAAGACAGCAUCAAGUACUUUAUCCUCAUUUACACUAUUGAGAGAUGUCAGGAGACCAUAACAUGCACUAUAUCAUGUUCAUUGUAACGGACUUGUUGCAUUUUCAGCAUGGUUAAUAUGAAGUCUUUUUUUAUUAGUGGAUGUCUCAUUUUUGAAAAGAUGUAAUUUAGCAUGAAAGUACUUCCUGAAGAUUCCCACUCUUCCUCCUCAAGUUUGGACCGUGAUGAAUGGAGAACAAACUACCCUGUGGUGUAGUUCAGCACACGGACAAAGAGUAGACUUGUUUUUGCUUACUGUGUAGGCCUUAAAUAGCUGUGAAAUGUACAAGACUUUAUUUAAUUUCAAAUAAAUACAGUGGCUAUUUAAAA